AUGGGUGGAUGUUUUUCAAAGCAAAGUAAAAAGAGAGUGGUAGAUCAACAGGUGUCGACUAAUGGUGGUUCCAACGAAUCGCUAGAGACAAAGAAAAAGCUGAAUGACGACCACAAGAACAAUUUGAAUCAGGUCGCUAUCAACUGGAAGUCAAAUACCGUCGGCAUUUGGAAACGCACACACGACAAGCUGGCGAUUCACACCGACGUACCACGUCUCGGUCACAAGAUCGACAUCGUCGAUAAGCUACACAGACGUGCCAAUCUUACAUUCCAAUCGGUCACAUCGAUUACACUGAACAACUUGAACGCUGGAGAGUCUCCAACCUAUAUCAAUGGCGCACUCGCCGGUGAAUCCACUGGCGAGCAACUCGCCAACAGAAUCAGCUCGGGUAGCGACGGUGCUACCAACCAACAGCAGUCACCGAACGCCACUGGAUCGACCGGUUCACCAAGCGUUGCAACCAUCAACAACUCUGAUAAAUUCACAUCGUCUACCACUCUCACCUCGAGUGGCAUCACAACAGCACAGGUUCUCAAGAAAGAGGAAGUCGUACUGCAGGUUCUCCUCAGUUUGGCCGGUCUGCUCGACGGUCCCGAGAAAGAACAGCAAAUCAAAGAGCAAUAUAGCGAUCAUAUCAAGGGUGUAGGUGAUAUCUCGCAGCAGCUGCUGUCGCUACUGACAAACGUUGUACUCGAGCAGAGCAGAAUGAUGCAACUCCUCAAGGUUUGUCAUCAAAAGAUCAUCUUGCCGGCCUACUAUUUCAUUAAAGCGAACCUCUUUGAGGACAUGCCAUUCAGAGACAAGCGUGGAUCGUGGCGUAUGAAGAUCGUCUUUGAGGAGGAUGGAACCGUGACCGCUGUACACUCGAAACGCCAACAAUCGACAUCGGGCACAGAGGCCGACCCCGAGUUUGAAUUCGAAUGGGCACUGUCGAUUUCGUUCGACCACGACAUGCAAAUCUCAUCGCUCAAGGUCGAUGUUGUCGACCUCAUCAUUUCAAAGACACUGCCACAAGACAAACACCAAGAGAUCCAACAAGCAUUCUCAACACUACAACUAGCUACCACCGCCAGCAACAGUAGUGGAAACAGUUUCAAAGUAUCAGAACCAACACCUCUUAACAAAAUAGAUGCUAUAUAA